AUGUCCCUGGUCCAAUACUCCGACUCCGACUCCGAUGACGGGGAGGAAAAGUCUAAGGCUCACUCGGCUCUCCCGCCAUUACCACCCUCCUUCCACGACCUGUACGCCGCCAGCACCCGCGUCAGCGUGCAAGAUGACCCGGCUCUCCACGGCGGACGGAAGCGCGUCAUUCCUCACGUCGAAGGCAACUGGCCCACGCACCUCUACCUCGAGUACGAGCUGCCCCUCCUUGCAGAUCUCAUCGACUCCCACCACAGUCUGCUGCAUUCCGAUCUGGGCGCGCAAUUGCCUCUCCACAUCAGCCUGUCGCGCCCGGUAGUUCUACGCACGGAGCAGCGGGCUUCGUUUACCGAGAGACUAGAAAGGGUGAUCAAAACCGCCCAUAUUCCCCCAUUUACCAUCCAGCCCGCCCACCUGGACUGGGUCUCCAACCACGAGCACACGCGCUGGUUCCUCGUGUUCCGCGUGCAGAAACCCGCCCGUAACAAUCUCAACCGGUUGCUGCGGCUGGCGAACGACGCCCUUGCUCAUUUUCACCAGCCGCCCCUCUACGAGCGAGACACUCGCGCGUCCCGUGCGUCUGCAGGCCAGAAGAGCGGUCUGGCGGAUAGCGAUAUAGAUUACUCGGACUGCUUUCAUAUUUCGCUUGCGUGGAGUCUGGGGGAACCGGACCCCACGGAGAGGGAGAGGGUGAGGAAGGUAGAUCUGAAGGCGCUGCAGGGAUUGAGGGUGGGAUUUGACAGUGUCAAGGCGAAGAUUGGGAACCAUGUUGAAGACCUCCAAACCUUCCACUCAAAACACUUCCCGCACCAACCCCCCGCCACACUCCCCGAAUACACCAACGAGCAAAAUGCAGACGACGACCCAGAUCUAGGCUUCUACCCGGACGGCGUGCAGCGCACCCUGACAGACGAGCAGAUCCGGAUCUUUCGACAUAGUGAAAUCCAUGCUCUUCUGCGCGAGAGGCAGUUGAGGGAGGAUGAUGAAGAGUAUGAGGUUCGGAGGGGGAAGUCGUUGACUGGUGAUGAUGAUGAAAAUCAGGACGUGGAUGCGGGAGAUGAAGAGCCUACACAAUCAUCUCGGCAGGAGGCCGUAGACGGGGAUACGCAGUUGAAGAGCGUGCAUGAAGAGAAGAAGAGCAAGAAGACGAAGAAAAAGUCAACGACGAAGAACCGGGGUGAGACAGUCCCCGUCUCGGAGCCGUUGGAUUAUAGCGAAGACAAUUUGGGACAUGAUACGCCGCAGACAGAGAGACCUGUUUCAAAUGUGCCAUACUCUGGCCGCAGGAUCGUCUCGUACGAUGAUUGA